AUGAUUGAGAUACCACUAAAAAGUGUUACACACUGUGAUCGUAUAUGGAAACUCAUGAAUCAAUGGCAUGCUAAGCUCUUUUCUAUUGGUGGCAGGGAAGUGCUUUUAAAAGCGGUUGUUCAGUCAAUUCCACCUUAUGCCAUGAGUUGUUUCAGUCUUCCGAAGAAAUUUUGUAACCAAUUAGAGUCUAUGAUGGCUAACUUUUGGUGGGUUUCUAAUACAAAUAAUUCCAAAAUACAUUGGAAGAAAUGGAAAGUCAUGUGCUCCUCAAAAGCUGAUGGUGGCAUGGGCUUUCGAUCAUUCAUUCACUUUAAUCAGGCCCUUUUAGCGAAGCAAGCAUGGCGAAUAUUGGAUAUCCCUGACUCUCUUCUAGCAAGAGUGCUUAAAGCCCGGUGCUAUCCCAAUUUUUACACUCUAACGUGGCAUCACAUGAUGGUGACACGUGGAAUCGACUUCGAGCAAUGGGAUAUUCAGAUUUUAGAGCAACAUUUUGGAACUAUAGACAUUGAGCGUAUCCUCUCUAUUCCGCUUAGUCCUUUUCCCAAAGAUGACAAGAUUAUUUGGCACCAUUCUGAUACUAGUUUUUAUACGGUGAAAUCAGGAUAUCACCUUGCUGUAAGUUCAGAUUUAAUGGAUGAUCAUUCAUCAUCAUCCACAAAUAGACGAUGGUGGAACCGGUUAUGGAAAAUCACUCCCUCUACUGCUUGUGCUCUUUGUAAAUGUAGCUGGGAAUCAGUCGGUCAUGCCAUUUUUCGUUGUGAGAGAGAUAAGUCGGUGUGGAACAAGCUUCAUUUUAAUGUGUAUAUCCCGAACAUUGGUAACAUCAAAGGUUUUGAUAUUUAUUCCCACCUUGCUGCUGCCCACAAUGACACUGAUUUAGAACUAAUUACUGGUCUCAUGUGGUGUAUUUGGUCUGAACGAAACAAGGAGAUCCAUGGUACUAAACCGAAACCAGCAGCCAUUCUCUGUUCCUUUGCUGCCCCUUAUUUGUCACAAUAUCAUAAGGCUACAGCACAACUAGGGGUGUGCAGAAAUGAUCCAAUCCAAUGA